AGUUUUUAUUCACUUUGAAACGUAAAUAAUGUCGGCGUCGGAGCAAGAACCUAAGAUCAAGUACGGAGAAAACGCACCGAAAUUGGAUAGGGCGCAGCUGCAGUUCAUGAAACUGAUCGAGGAGCAGAACCUGGACCGCGUGCAGAAGCUGAAGCGUGUGCGCCGCAACAAUUUAUUGACUGCCGGCGCCUUGGGACUUUCCGUAUUGGGCAUCUACGGCUACUCCAUAUUCUCGGUGCAGCAGGAGAAAUUCCUGGACGACUUUGAGGAGCCCAAGAAGGUCAACACCAACUAAAAGUCGCCUCCAGUUUUUGUUAAUUAUUUAGUCUUAAGCGUUUUGUUUCAUUUUACACACACACACACAGAUAAACCCUUAAAAUCGUUGCACAACAAUAUGUCACAGGUCACGGCACGCGUGUUGAACAGUGGCAUGCGGCUGCCCCCGCUGCCCACUAUCCGCGAGCUGGUGAAGCUUUACAAGCUGCAGGCCAUGAAGCAGCU